AAAAGGCCGGCAUGGCUGGGCAUAGCUGGGAGCUGGGCAUGGCGCAUGGCGCAUGGCCCAAAGAGGUUGUAUGCAUGGCCGCUCCUCAGAGGUUCUUCUUUGGUUCAGUGCUUGUGAGAUAAAUCUUUUUUUUAAAAACGAGAAAAAGAUUGUGCGUGUUUAUGAACAUCUAAAUGAAAAUAAUAUAAAAUUAAAGCGAUGGUUGUGAUUUCAAGAAUUUUUUCUCGUGGUUACGGCGGAUUAAGAGCAGCGAAAGUAUUACGUCAUGUAGUCAGAGCAAAUUCCUCCACGAUCGCCCAAGACUCUGUGCAAGAAUCGCAAAAUAACAAUAAAAUAGAACAAAAUGAACAGAAGGGAAUGAUCACAAAUAGAUAUAGAUUCAUGUAUCCAGAAUUUCUACCGGAUCCAGAUCCCAAAUAUCGCAACGCACUCCGAGAAAAGCUGGAGCGCAUGGAUAUGUUGGCAAGGCGCUCGCACAUAGCAAUACCUGAAUUUUAUGUCGGUUCCAUAUUAGCCGUAACUUAUUCCGAGCCACAUGCUCCUGGAAAAGUCAACAAAUUUGUUGGCCUGUGUAUCCAGAGGGAAGGAUGUGGUUUAAGGUCUACCUUUCUCUUGAGAAACGUGGUCGAUAAUCAAGGAGUUGAAGUGCUUUAUGAAUUAUAUGAUCCUGCAAUACAAAAGAUAGAAUGUCUUAGGCUUGAGAAAAGAUUGGAUCCACAUCUACGAUAUUUGCGAGAUGCACCAGCAGAACAUAGUACCUUUCCUUUUGACAUGGAGUCAGAAUAUUUGCCAGAAGGUGCACCAAUACCUGUAAAUGAGAUCAAAGUUCAGCUCAAUCCUCAACCAUGGUUGGAGAAAUGGGAACGUCAAGGGUUGAAAGGUGUGACAAAUUUAGAGCUUAGAGAGAAGCAAAUUAGAAAAGCCAAGGCUGCGGAAAAGCCUUGGGAAAAAUAUGAUCUUAUGAAGAAAUAUCGGGAAACCAUCCCCGAGGAGGAUCAAAAUGAGAUAUUUAAUGAAGUGUAUGCAAAGUUAUACGAAAUAGAAGUGACUAAACAAAGGCAAAAACAUAAGAAACCUUUCAUACGACCAAAGAAAACUGGGUGAACUUCUGAUUAUGUACAGUAUUUUUUAAUUCAUAUAUAAGAAAAUAGAAAUAAAUAUAUAAGAAAAUGAAAUAAAUAUAUUCGUUUUUUGUUACACUUCUGUAUAUCUUUGUAAUGAGCCGUUGCAUUAAUACCGUACAAUUGUAAUCAUUAUAGGAAAAAUUAGAAUUUUACAACUAUCGAAUUUAAACAAAUAUACAUACAAUUAAACAUAAGAACAACAAAUUAUAA